AUGUGCUUCCUUAAAGCAGAGCCGCUGCUUAACUACUCCUUUGGAACAUGUCAACAUAGGAAGAUCUUUCCUAACUUCCAUCCUCCAAACUUGUUGGGAAACAAAUUUCCCCCUAUUAGAGGAGCUCCCAACAGAGGGCCUGGAUGUUACAUAGCAGAAGAUAAGUAUGGCUUUGCAUACAACCUCUCUAAGAUCCCGACCAGUAAAAAAGGAUACACCCUUGGCGCCAGAACAGCCAUGAGGUUUAAGCCAGUUAGCAAGGAUGUGACACCUUACCCAGGCAUGUACCAGACAGUCAAUGUUCGAGAGCAAACACACAAGCCAAACUUUGCUCCAUUUAAUGCCUUGUUGCCUCGCUUUCGGACUUACUCAAAGGACUCUUAUUAUCCUGGCCCUACCACAUACAACCCAGAGAUAAAGCCACCCAAGAGAGUCAGAUGGCCAAUGAAAUUUGGAUCUCCAGACUGGGCUCAGGUUCCAUGUCUACAGAAAAGAACCCUGAGAGCUGAGCUGCCCACAGACAAAGACUUUAGAAAGCAUCGGAACCGUCUGGCCUACCUAAGCCUGUACUAUGGCUGAGAAGCUGUGACUCCCUUCACGUGCUCCUCCUGACCACAAAUUCUCCAGGACAGAACAAUGCAGAGCACAGAGGUGCUCUUGUCUUUCUGCAUUGCUCUGACCUUCCUGUCUGCCAGCAUGCGGCACAGGGAGGGGCAAGGGCCUCAUAAAUACUACAUGACUGUGUAAAGACUAGUUUAGAAUGCUCUUUCUCCUUGUGCUGGUUUGUUGUGUAUUCAUGUAGAAGGGUUAGAGGAGUUCCUACUGAGUGCUCAGUGGGGUGGCUUCACUUGACUGAAAUAUUAUACUUGUGGGUCCUCGCCCUCUAAUUCCCAGCCCCAAGUUUUAUGUUUUCUACCACUAGCCCAGGUCUUCCCUGGUGGCACAUCAGUGAAGAAUCUGCUUGUGAUGCAGGAGUUAUGGCUUCAGUCCCUGAGUUGGGAGAUCCUCUCCUCUGGAGAAGGAAAUGGCAGCCCACUCUAGUAUUCUAGCCUGAGAAAUCCCCUGGAAAGUGGAGCCUGACAUGCUACAGUCCAUGGGGUUGCAAGAGUCAGACACGACUUAGCAACUAAACCACCACACCACUAGCCCUGGUGAUAGGAGACUAUUUAUUGUUCUAUACAUGUCAAGGCUUUGGAUGGCUUGCUAAGUCUUGUUUUGGGGCUUUUUGGAUGCAGAGGACACUUAAAGGCAGAGUAAAUGUUUUAGGAG